AUGAAGUCUUUGAUUUUCCUUGGACUUAUUGCCAUCGUGCGGGCAGCUCCGGGAUACCCCGGUGGAUACUACGGUGACCACGGUCUUUCGUAUGUAGCUGCUCCCGCACCAAUCGUCAAGUACGCAGCUCCGGCCGUAUCUGUCGUACAUGCCGCUCCCGCCCCAGUGCUCAAGUACGCCGUGGCACCGGCACCGAUCGUGAAGGCGGUAGCACCGGCAGCCACCAGCUAUGCCACCAUUCACCAGGUUCACGCCCCGGUUGUGCAUGCCGCGCCGGUGGUGAAGUACGCCGCACCGGCCCCGGUGGUAUCAUACGUCCAUUCGGCACCGGUGGUUGCACACGCUCCGGCUCCACUGCUCAAGUACGCACCAGCUUACCAUGGAUGGUAA